AUGAGUUGGUGUAUAGAUCACGCCCCGGGCUUCUUCAGCUGUCUGCGCCUAUUGUACGGUGUUGCCUAUGCAGCCAUGAAAGCGGCACUGCUGAUCCAGCGCUGGUACCGGCGCUACCUGGCGCGCCAGGAGAUCCGCAAGCGGUGCUCCUGGAACAUCUUCCAGAGCCUCGAGUACGCCGGGGAACAGGAUCAGAUCAAGUUGCACAACUUCUUCCACGACCUGCUGACGCACCUGUCCAACGUGAAGCCCUCGGUGGCGGCAGCCAUCUCCAACAGUCCGGCGCAGUCCCUCAGGGGCCAGCCCAAGGAGCUGGAAAAGACGAGGCAGGCCGAGCAGGAGCUGCUCAGGAACACCAACCCGGAGGACAUCCCCGUGGAGGAGGGCUAUCGGGGACCCCACCUCAGGAUCCCGCUCACCACCAACCAGGUCGACUCGCUCAUCCAGGGCUUCAAGGACAGGAGGACGCUCCACGCCAAGUACGUGCUGCUGGUGCUUCAUGAGGCGCGCAAGUACCUCCAGACCAAGCCCAACUUGAGCGCGGCGUCCACGGCCUUCGCCAAACAGAUCACUGUGGUCGGGGACCUCCACGGGAAACUGGAUGACCUGCUUACCGUCUUCUACAAGAACGGGCUGCCUUCGAGGGACAACCCGUACGUGUUCAACGGGGACUUUGUGGACCGCGGCAUGCACUCGGUCGAAGUGCUCGUGCUGCUGCUCGUCUGCAUGCUCGUCUGGAGGGACGCCGUGUUCCUCAACCGGGGGAACCACGAGGACUUUAACGUCAACCUCAGGUACGGGUUCCUCAAGGAAAUCAUGUUCAAGUACACUAGGCAAGCGUCGAAGAUUGUCCAGCUUACGGAAGAGCUGUACAGCUGGUUACCCAUUGCGACGCUCAUCGACAACAAGGUGUUCGUCGUUCACGGCGGCGUGUCCUCCGAGACGGACUUGAAGGUCGUCGCGGCCAUCAACAGACAUCAGUUCGUGACGGUGCUGCAACCACCGCUUCAUCACAGUGGUUACAACGCAAACGAAUGGAGGCAGUUGGUGGACCUGCUGUGGAGCGACCCUCGGCCUCAGCCGGGCUGCCGGCCCAACGAGAUGCGGGGCGGCGGCAGCUUCUUCGGGCCGGACGUGACGGCGGCCUUCCUCAGGAGGCACAAGCUCGACUGGAUCAUCCGCUCGCACGAGUGCAAGCCGGACGGUUUCGAGUACGCCCACAACGGGAAGGUGCUGACCAUCUUCUCGGCUUCCAACUACUACGACAUCGGGAGCAACCGAGGAGCCUACGUGAAACUGGUGGGACCGAGGCUGGUACCCCACACCGUGAUGUUCGUCAGUACCGCGCAGACGCGAAAGGCCACCAUCCAGCAGAGGAGUGGUUACAUCGAGCACAGCGCCUUGAAGGAACUCAAGCACCAUAUCUACGCCUGCCAGACACCGCUUCGAGCAGAGUUCCAGAAGUAUGACCCAGAAAGCAAAGGCACGGUGACUAUGGCGGAGUGGUGUUCGGUGAUGGAGAAGAUUGUGGGCCUGCACGUGACCUGGAGGAUACUGUGCCCCAAGAUCGCCCAGUACGACGCCGUCAACGGCACAGUCCUGUAUGAGUCUACCUUCGACGAGUACGCGCUCACCAACAAGCUCGCCCAGAAUGGACCAUCCUUCCUGGAGUCCUUGUACCGGAACAAGGACAGUUUGGAAACCAUCUUCAGGAUAAUGGACAAAGAUGGAUCAGGCCUCAUCUCGAUGGAGGAAUUCAAGGACGCGUGCGACCUGCUCGGGCAGCACGUGAACACGCCCAUGUCUCAAGACCAGGUCGAGGAACUGGCAAGGAGCAUCGACAUCAACAAGGACGGCUUCAUCGACUUCAACGAGUUCCUGGAAGCCUUCCGACUCGUGGACAAGUGUCCGCCGUCCUCCGGCGUCGGCGCCGAGGACUCCGUCGUCAACAGGAUGGCCGACGAACGAGUUCCGCCGUCCGAGCCCAGGUGCAACGGCGUUCCCGUGUCCGACAGCGCAGAGCCAGAGUCCUACUGCACCAAGCUCUGA